AUGUCCUCCCACUUUGACUUCUCCAAGGGCUUCCCUGCUAACGAAGCGCUUCUCGUUCAGAGCCUCAAAGCAGACAGGCUUACACUGGCCAUUGUUGGCCUUGUGGUAGCCUACUACGUCGCCUUGUAUUUCCGCCAGAAGUCUCGCCACUACGCUCCGGGUCCCACUCCUUUACCCAUCAUUGGCAACAGGGUACCUACAGAGAAGACUUGGCUCUUCUUCCACGAACUGUGCAAGAAAUAUGGUCCCAUUGUCAGAUUGAACAUGGCAGGAAGUGAGAUGCUCAUCCUGGACGAGCUGGAGGACGUUGAAGAACUGCUCGGAAAGCGCUCCGGAAACUACUCUUCACGCAAGCAGCUCGUCUACGCUGGCAAAUACCGCUCGACUGACAAGCGUCUUGUUCUCCUACCCUAUGGACCGCUCCUGAAGAAGCAGCGCGCCGCUGCCUUUCAGAUGCUCAACUCCCGUGCCGUCGGUGCCUACGAAGGAAUCCAGGAGCGUGGUGCCAUGAAGCUUAUCUGCGAUAUCCUCAAGCAGCCCACCAAGGCGUACAUCAGCAUCAAGUGGUACACUGCUGAGACCCUCCAGACUCUCGUCUACGCCAAGCGCUUCAGCGACGACGGCAAGGACCUUAGGACGCUUCUUCACAUCCUUGAGACGUUCAUCCAGGACAUGCACCCCGCGAAGUACCCGGUCGACACCUUCCCGAUCCUGGAUUGGCUCCCAGAUUCGCUGGCGAAGUGGCGUGUGGAGGCGAAGCAAAAGCACGACUAUGAGUUCGGCUUCUAUAAGCGGUUGCUGAACGAGGUUCGGCAGAGGAUGGAGAAUGGAGAGAACCUUGAAUGCUUCGCCGCUCGCCUGAUUGAAGACGAGCAGAAGAACGGUCUUGACGAGGUCUCUAUGGCUUAUCUUGCUGGCUCUGCCUUCGAGGCUGGCACAGACAACACUGCUGGUACUGUUCUGUGGGCUCUCGUGGCUAUGCUCUUGUACCCCGAGGAGAUGAAGAAGGCGCAAGCGGAGAUUGACCGUGUUCUGGGUCCUGACUCGAACAUGCCCCCGUCGUUCAAGAACUUCGAGGACCUCACUUACUGUACCGCCCUCGUGAAGGAAGUAUUCCGCUGGAGCCCCGUCGCACCUGUCUCAGCGCCCCAUCUGAGCCUACAGGACGAUGUCUACAAGGGCUACUUCAUCCCUGCCGGCACCACUGUUGUUCCGAACAUCUGGGCUAUUCACCACAACGAGAAGCGCUACCCUGACCCAUUCACGUUCAAGCCCGAGCGUUUCAUGCCUAAGGACGGUAGCAAACUCGGCACUGAGGCUUUGAACGAGGGACACUGCGGCUUCGGCUUCGGCAGACGUGUCUGCCCCGGCCAAUACCUGGCUAGCAAGUCCGUCUGGAUGGGUGUGGUGUCCCUCCUUUGGGCAUUCGAUAUCCUGCCUCCCACUGACGUGAAUGGCAAGCCCAUCCUCCCUGACCCGACCGCUGUGCGCAAGGGGCUGACUGCCGAGCCGGACACUUUCGACGUUGUCCUGAAGCCCCGUCGCGCUAUUGACGUCGAUGUUUUGACCCAGGCAUGGUCUAACUAA